CCCAGUGAUACUUGGUAUAAAGGAAGGUUGGUACUGAUUAUUAUUCAUUUACUCACACAGCUCUAACGUUUAACCUAGACGCGAAGUCAAAGAGUAUGGCUGCUUACUGUUUCACGGAACGACUUCGUCAAUAAAAAUGAAUGAUUAUUUAACGUUCAAGUGAAUUAUAAUUAUUUUAAACACUUUAUUUAUCAUGGAGUUAGGUUUACCUAACACGUUAUUACCAGGUGAUCCACGAUUAGUGGAUCACAUCGUAGGAGAAGUGAAAUCUCAAGGAAUUUUUGAUCAAUUUCGCAAAGAAUGCAUUGCUGAUGUUGAUACGAAGCCAGCCUAUCAGAACUUACGUACAAGAGUUGAAGGUUCUGUAAAUUCUUUUCUCAACAAACAACCAUGGAAACCAGAUUUAAACAAAAAUCAAUUGAGAGAAACACUAAGGAAGCACAUACACGAAGCUCCUUAUUUAGACGCCGGUGUGGAACGCAUAGUAGAUCAAGUAGUAAAUCCGAAAGUAUAUUCUGUCUUCAUGCAUCAGAUUGAGGAUGUAGUGUACAAAUUUCUAGGAAUAGAAAGACCUAAGGCAAAAGAAAAAAAUGGUGCAUGUGGCCUUAAAGAUUUAUUACCCAAGGAUUUAGAUCCUGUUUCACCAGAGUCUGACAAAAAUAGUUUAAAAGAUGUGUCUUUGGAGUCUAUGGAUGCAAUGGAAGAUUUAGAAAUAAAAAGAGAUGUAAAGUCUGCUAACGAACAGAAGUCUUUAGAAGAUGAAAUAUCCAAUGAAAAAGAUAAAGAUAAUAUAUCCGAGAAUGGACAAAUUUAUUUGGAAGAGAAAGCGUUGGAUGAAAGUGAUAAAGGUUUUAAUAAGACUGGUAGUAUUUUAAAUUUAAAUACAUCUGGUAAAUCAGAUGAUAAAACGGAGGAAGAUGAAGAAGACAGUCCUACUUUUGAACCAAUUGAUAUUAUGAAUCUAAACGAAUCUAAUAAUUCCAAUGAUUCACAUUUGUCAGGUAUAUCAGAGUUAACUAGUCAUAGGUCUAGAAGCCCUGAUUUUUGUAAUGAAUUGUCAAGAGACAACUUCGAUUAUAGUAAUCAAGAUUCACAACUAAGCAAAGUUUCUUCCGAUUCCCGAUUAUCGAUUGUAACUGAUUUUGGAUUUUCUAACCAUGCAUCAACACCAAUACCUGAUGCAUUGAAAGAUGAAGUCAAUAAAUGUGAUGUUAAAAAUAUUAAAGACAAUUUUAAAGCUGUCAGAGAAUAUGAAUCUAAUAAAAAUAAAAGUAAUAAAAAUAUUUUUGAAUUAAAUAAAACUAAAGAUGUACAAGAUGUUAAAGAUUCUAAAAAUAUUAAGAACAAUUUAUCUUCUAAAGAAAAUUCUCGUGAUGCUACAGACAGUAGUAUAAAGGAUAGGUAUGAAUAUAAAAAUAAUAAAGAUAGGUCCAGAGACAGUGAAUCUAAAUCAAAAUCAAAAGAUAAAAAUCAUGUAAAAGAUGGAAAACAUCAUAGGGAUAGAAGUAGUGAUAAAAAGAAAGAAAGAAGUCACAGCAGUUCAAAAUAUGACAAAUAUGAUAAAAAUAAAGCUAAAGAUAAAAGCGAUCAACCGAGAGAAAGUAUAGAUAAAAUUAAAGAUGCGGAAAAGGAUAAUUAUACUAAAGCAAAGGAAGAUAAAAUAAAAGAAACAGACAAGAAAGAUAAUAUUAGUAAAGAAGGAAAAGAUCUGAAAGAUCUUUACAAAGAAAAAAUUAGGGAACUUAGAGAGAAGAAAGAAUUAACAGAGAAAGAAAAAUUAAAUAAAGACAAGGAGACAAAAUCAAAUAAAGAAAAUAAAGAUAAAAAAGAUUCUCCAAAAGACAAGAAAUAUAAAAAAGAUCAUAAAAGCUCUUCCAAAAAUCCUUCGUCAAGUUCUCAUGAAAUUAAAACUGUCAAAGCAUCUGAUAAAGUUAUUGAUGGAAAAGAAAAAAGAAGUGAAUCAAAGGAUAAAGAUAAGAGUAAGAAAGAUGAAAAACGUACUUCUAAGGAUCAUAUAAAGUCUAAAAACCAUAUCAACAUGAAAUCAGACUCGGUAGAAAAAUUAGAUAAACAGGAUGUAAAGAAAUUUAUAAAAAAUGAAAAAGAAGAGAAGAUUGAUAAAUCUGAAAUAAGAAAAGAUGUCAAGUCAACUAGUGAAAAAAUAAAUGGUAAAAAAGAUGCCAAAAAUCACACGCAAAGUAAAAACUCGACAAAAAAUGAGAAAUUAGAUAACAAAAAAGAUAGCAAAAAUGAUUCCCAACAUAAAGACAAAAAACGAAGAGAUGAGAAGAAAUCCAAGUCAAAAGAUGAUCAUUCUAGUUUAAGAAGAAAUUCUAAUGAUCGACGUUCUACAGACAGAGAUGGAUCAAAUGGAUCAAGUAGCAAAAGUUCACAAUCUAGUAGUUCUGGAUCUAAUAUUGCACAUGGUAAAUCAAAUACAUCAACCUUUUCUAAAGAAACAAACCAUAUGAGUAAUUCAGGUAGUGAAACAUCAGACAAUGUUGAAGAAAUACAUCCAAAUGAUAUAAAACUAUUAUUGGAACAACAAAAUUAUAAAUUAGACAAAGCAAUAGAAUUAGAUGCAGAAUAUAAAACUGACAACACUAAUAAUUUUGAAAUGCAUACUAAACAAGAAUUGGAAUUUAAUGAUGUUAACUUACCUCUUAAAAAACGAGUGUUGAUAGAAGAAGACAAUAGCAGUUCAGGAGAAAUGAAAGUAAAGAAACCAAAAUUUGCAAAAAAUAUACAUGAAGCUAAAAAAUUAAUGAAAAUUAGGAAACAGAUAGAGAAGCAGAAACUUAAAGAAAAUAAGAAGUUAGAGAAGAAGAUUGAGAAAAUAGAACAACCAAUACAAACAAAUGCAGUAAAUAAUGACAAUUUUGAAAGUAUGCCAGAUGAAGAACGUGUUCAAAUAAUAGAAAUACCAGAUGAAGAAUACGAAGAGCCAUAUCCUGAGAAACAUACUAAUUUAACAUUAGAAGAAAGAUCAAUAAUGAUGUUACAAGCUGAAGUUGGUACAAAAGAUUUGUUAGAGACACAUUCUAAUCUAAAAUUAAAAUUAUCAGACAUGGAAUUAUGUAUAAAGAAAUCAUUAAGUGAAACACUUACCAAUAAAGUUGAGAAACCAUUGAGUUCUGAUACUGAAGCAAAUAUUGACUCUUCUAUUUCUUUAUUGCCUAACAAUAAAGAAAUAGAAGACUUACAAAAUAAAGAAUCAUUGUUUUCCAGCAUAAAGGAAGAAGACAACAAUAAAAUAAUAAAAACGAAACAACUAGAUAGUUCUGCAAAAAUAUGUUUUGAAAAAGAAACAUGCCAAGAAACUGGUACAUCUGUAUUAGAAGAGGUACAUCUGUACUCUCAAGAAUCAAACUAUUUUAGUAAUAAAAAAGAAGUAAACGAAGAAAAAGAGCAAUUAAAGUUAAGUGAUAUAAAUACAGAUAUGAUUUGUUCAAGUGACAAUAGAAAUAUAGAAAUACCUACAACAUCAAAAAUUGGAGAUGAAGAUGUUUCUCAGGAUGCUGAAAAUAGUAGUCUUUCUAAUUUAAACAGAUACGUAACCGAUAAAGAUUGCAUUGUAAAAAUUAAAGAAGAACCAGAAAUAUUAGAAUCAACAUCAAUGGAAACUGAAGAUAAUGAAGAUUGUCGUUAUUUCAAAGCAGACAAUGAAAAAUCAGAAAAAUUUUCUAGUUUCUUAGAAUCACUAGAAUUAAUAGAAAACAGUUCUUUAGAAGACAUAAUAGAGAGUUUAGGAGGUCAAGUCGUAUCUUCAGUGCCAAAAGCUAUGGCACCACCUUUACCAAAACGCAAACAUUCAUCUAGCCCAUUAACAGAUAUAUUAUUAAAUAAUUCAAAUAAUAAUAAUGAUGGUCAUAAAAAAGCAUUAACCCUACCUAAUGAAGAAGCACUAAAUAAUAUUAAAAAAAGAAAGCUAAUAUCUAAAAAGCAGAGACUCCAAUCAAAUAUAUGUACUCCACAAGGACUUUUAAAUGGAGAAAAUUUUGUUAUGCCUUUAAGUCCAGAAAGCGACGUAUCUGCAACCAGUGAAAAAAUACCAUCUGCAAAUAUGAUUAAAGAAGACAAAGGCCGACAUAGAAGUAGUCAACGUUAUUCAAGUGAUGACCUAUACAAACCGCGUCCAUUAUUUUCAAGUUCUUCUCGCAGAAGUAGGAGGUCUAAUCAGGUAUAGCUAGUAGUUUGUAAUUUCAGGUAUUGAAUUGUUUUUCUUUAUAUAAUAUAAAACCUCUAAAUCCUAGUUGUUGGUUCUAGUACACUCUACAUUACAUUUAAAUCAAAUAUUUUGAAACUUUAAUUAAUGUAAAAUACUAA